CAAUCUUCUCUACACCUGUAUUAUUUUACAUAUAAAAUUUUAGGGGGAAACACAAAUAAUGUUUUCAAAAAUUAUGUUAACAUUAUAAUAUUACUGGUGUAUCAGAAACGACUAAUAAAAGAGAUAAAGGAAGAUUUAGAGUGAGAGUCCGACUUUAGACUCGCCAGUACAACAAGUCAUCCACAGCUCAUCAUUGUCCUGGUGUAACUUAAUUAGCGUGAUACAUCAUAGAAGAUAAGGUUGAUUUCUUCUAAAAACAUUAAAAGGAACUGGAGAAUUUGUGACAAGAAACCAAAGGGAUAAAAUCUCCAAAAUGUUCAGUUUCAAUAUGUUUGGAGAGCCGCUGCAACCACGGCCAUUCAACACCCACUAUCGGUGCUACUCGGUCUCCAUGUUCCCCGGAGAUAAACAGGCUGUGGAGAAUGGUGGCAAGAUUAUAAUGCCACCUUCAGCAUUGGAUGUUCUGACACGUCUUAAUAUCGUCUACCCAAUGUUAUUCAAACUGACAAACCAGCGGGCUAACAGACACACUCAUUGUGGUGUGCUAGAGUUUGUGGCUGAUGAAGGGAAAGUAUACAUUCCCUAUUGGAUGAUGAGGAACCUCCUGCUGGAUGAAGGUGAUCUGGUGCACAUUGAGUCACAGUCCUUACCUGUUGCCACAUUCUCCAAGUUUGAACCACAGAGUGUAGAGUUCCUCGACAUCACAAACCCAAAGGCUGUUUUGGAAAAUGCCCUCCGGAAUUUUGCCUGCUUGACCUUGGAUGAUGUCAUUGCCCUCAACUAUAAUGACAGAAUAUACGAGAUGAGAGUACUGGAAGUGAAACCCGGAAAUGCCGUUAGCAUCAUCGAGUGCGACAUGAACGUAGAAUUUGCCGCCCCAGUAGGGUAUCAAGAACCAGAGAGAAUGGACAGUGCGGCAGCUUUACCCGAAGACGACAAGGAGGAAAUGCUUCACGAGCCCACAGGGUUUUAUUCCUUCCAGGGAUCAGGAAACAGACUUGAUGGUAAAAAGAAGAACUUACAAUUGCCACAAGAAGAGUUAUUAAAGAGGCACCCACGUCAGCGGGGGAUUCCCGACUAUGACUACGAAGUGGGCCUCAUCAAGUUCUGGAGAAAAGUUCCUAAAGUGGCCGAGACAGAGACCAAAGUGGAGGAGCAAGAGGAAUUUGAGUCCUUCCAGGGUAAAGGCACUUCUCUGAGACAAGCAAAAACUAGAAAGUAGAAUUCUAAUAGUACUGUUUUACUUAGAUACUGUAAUGCAAAUUAUUAUUAUUAUUCAACCCUAAUUUUUUCUAAAGAUCUAGAUUACAGAGUAGCAUUUAGUACUGUAUUGGUAAUGUGAAAGUGAAUAUUGUAAAUUUUCACUUGUAGCAUCUCAGCAGUGUUUUGUUUUGAUAUUUUUCAUUCAUUGUAGACAGUUGUACAGGUACUAAUAUGUCUCCCUUCAUCUGUCACUCUAAAGUAGGGCAUACACUCGUUCCUAAAACUAUCUUUACGAGAGGGGUGUGAUGAAUUUCAAAAUGAACACUGCAAUUCCUGCUCUUUUGGUGGGGUUGUCAAAUUCCUUUGUCCGUUGUGUAAUAUAUUGCACAAAAUCCUGAAGAUACUUUUGGAGCUAGUGUGCAGUAUUAGCCACUUUUCUGGGUGGGUUGACUGCCUAAGGUGUCUGGUGUUAUUCAGCAUAUUGGUUAAAAAGUGAUAAAUGUGAGUUGAUGGUUCUGUCAAGACUGGAAGUUGCCAUUUGUUUUGAAAGUGAAAAGUAAGAGGUUCAGUUUUUCAUUACAAUAUAAGAAUCAAA